GUUUUCGUGCAUGCGCAGUGCGUGUGACUCCAAACAGCGGGCACGAACGGAAGGUGACAUUUUGUUGACGGUCCGCUUUCUGUGUGUUUUUGUUAAAAUGUCGGCUCUGGGGAGGACAGUGAGUGUCCUCAGGGCAGGAGUGCAGCUGGUCAGACGCGGACCUCAGCACAGCUUCAUAAGGAAAGCAGGAGACUCUCACAUCGUGGCUCAGUACCGUCAGCUUCCUCAGCUCACUAAACGCCAGAAGUUCCGCUCAGAGCUGCUCAGUGGAUUCAUGUGGUUCUGGAUCCUGUGGCACUGCUGGCACGACUCCGACGCUGUACUGGGUCAUUUUCCGUGGCCGGACACAGACGCCUGGACUGACGAGGAGCUGGGAAUUCCUCCUGAUGAUGAGUGAUGACCUCAUCCAGCACAGCUGUGACUGUGUGUGUGUGUGUGAGAGAGAGAGAGAGAGAGAGAGAGAGAGAGAGAUCUGUGUGGGAGCUACACAGCUGGAGCUGGUGUUAAGAUCACCCUGACCUCCUGCUGUACAGAGACUCGUCCAGUCUGAUUUCUUUUCCCUACACGUCUAUUUAAAAUAAAUAAGUACAAAGA